AUGUCCGAACCAGUCCUCGACAACGAGGCCAUUGUUGCCGCACUUUUCACGCGUUUAGACGGGACCUUCCACUGGAUGCUCGCGCUUCCUGGCGCUGGUCUAAAUGGCAAUGCCAUGCGACUCCACGUCAUCAAUCCUGAACAAAUUUGGCAAUUCGAUGACAGCAGCCAGGAUCUCAUGCACUCCCAUAGGCUGUGCACGGUCGUGAAGAUCGGUUCUCGUCGGACACGCGAACAGACCUUCACCCCUGCAGAGGUCCGCAAUCUUCUGGCGAUGAUUGAAUUGGCGACUCCUGUUUUUGAGCUUGCCCGCGGGGUGCAGAACUUUACCUGUCGCGUGUGGUUUAGACAGGCCGAUUUAGAGGAUGAGCUCUUGCGGCUCGCGACCCCUAAUGCUCAGCGCGUGUUUGGCGGCACUCCCUCAUGCACAUACCAAGCUUCAAAGACUUGUUCUUGGACCAACAAACGUUUCCCUUCCCCUACUAUUUAA